AUGACUGCCGAGGAUGGAGCCACCUCUGGCGUUCUGGCCACUUGCGAGCAUAGGGCCAAGAAGAGCCUAUUCAAAGCCAAGGAAGUUCGGAAAAAGCUCAAAUCUUGCAAGCGGCUGUGUGAAGAAUGUGAACGAAAUCCUAAAAAUGGAACCAUUCCAGAAAAUGUUAAAGCAGAGGUGUUCAUUUGUGUUUCAUGCGGUUGUCUUACCUGUGCUACUCAUGCUAAGAAACACUGUGAGGCUCCUCGUACUGGAGAGAAACAUCCUCUUUUACUUAAUCUCGAAAGCUGCCAAAUUAGGUGUGAGGCCUGUGACCUGAUACUCGCCCCUAUGGAUGCCCCUCAAGAUCUCGUUAGAUUGUUUUGUAAUGAAUAUAGAUCAUUCGUAAAAACCAAAGCUGAACCAAAAACAAAUGGGAAGGCGGUGGACGCCAAAUUAUCUCCUGAUGAACUCGAGCAGGACUUGAAGCAUACUCGUUCUACUCAAGACAGUACUAACGUACCACUCACUAAUUCGAAGAAAGCUGACUCUAAAGACCUUGAAAGAAAGCGUGGAACUUUCUCUACUGAGUAUAUGAUUCCGGCAAAGGGCCUUGUAAACUUGGGGAAUACUUGCUUUUUCAAUAGUGUUAUGCAGUGUAUGAUGCACACUCAUCACCUCACCUACUAUUUUCUACGAUUUGGUAAAGUUUCUUCUCUACAAUUCCGAGAGCCGCAAACAGUCAUCGUAAAUGAAGAGAAAGUCGAACUCGAGCCAGCCACUAUAAGUGUUCCUUCCGAAGCCACGCCACUGAAUUCAGUGCUUCGUGGGUUUAUUGCUGAAUUUCACUGUGGCGCUACUCCUUCUCCUGGCCCAGUGUUUUCGCAAAUAUCGUGCAAAACCCCUCGUUUCAAAGGGUAUCAACAGCAAGAUGCACACGAACUUCUCAGGUAUUUGUUGGACGGUUUACGGAGUGAAGAAUUGGAGCGGUACAAAAGCGGCAUCUCGUCCUACUUCGGGGUCUCUCCAAAGGUCAAUAAAAAACUCAUUGACCCGGAGACGGUCAAACUUGCAAAAGGCUAUCUUCAAGCUGCUGGACGUCCUCUUCUGGACAUGGUGUUUGGUGGCACACUACUUCAAACGAUUCUUUGCUCUGAAUGUGGUCAUGUAAGCGAACGUCAUGAGCAGUUUUUGGACUUAUCUAUACCAGUGACGCUGAAUGGUUUCGGACGUUUUCGGCCAAGCCGUUCAGCAGUUCCGAUUACUGAAGGCCGCAAAGGAAAGAAGAGGAGUCGUCAAGGAAAGCGGAUAAUGUCAGGGAAAAACGGCGACAUCCGCGAAGGUGAUAUGGUGGGCGUUCGAGAAGCAUGCGGUGUUUAUGAUGACGAUCGCUAUUCUGAUGAUGAAAUUGACCGAUUGGCAGCUGGCGUAAAUAGAUUGGAUUUCACGAAGGUUUUGGUUUGUCCACCCGAGGAGUAUACCGAUGGAGUGUGCAGCAUAGGAUCUUGCCUUCUCGAAUUCACAGCUCCAGAACAGUUGGAAGGCUUAAAUGCUUACGAAUGUGAGAAGUGCUGUGUUCCCCGAAACAAAAAGAUGAAAGCGAUCGGCAGCCAAAAGAAGCGUGUUUGUGCCCUGAAGCGUUACCUUAUAUAUGAGCCACCGGCUGUGCUCACACUUCACCUAAAAAGAUUCCAGCAAUUAGAGGGAAUGUGUGGAAAAACGUCAACGAGAAAGCUCAGUGGUCAUGUUUCUUUUCCUAUGAUGUUCGAUAUGGCUCCGUUCUGUUGUAGAAAUGUGGAGCGUCUGGCUCCUGGAGAGAAACGAUUGCUUUACUCGUUAUACGGUGUAGUUGUUCAUUCUGGUAGUCUUUCUGGUGGUCACUACGUUGCAUAUGUAAAAAGUAGGCAUAGAUUGAAGCAGGCUCAUGUGUUCCUGGAAUUUGCACGAACUACAUGUGCUGAUAAAUUAUCGUACCAGAAUGGAACUACAAUCGAUGACUUCUGUGAUGAAUCAGACUUGCAUAAUGAAGGACAAUGGUACUAUUGUAGUGAUAGUCAAGUAUUAGCUGUUAACGAAAACCGUGUUCUUUCUGCUGAAGCAUACAUUCUUUUCUAUGAGCGGGUGCUAUAG